AUGAACGAAUCAGAAAAAGAAUUGGUGAAAUUUCUAAGACUGAAUUAUAGUCUUCGUUAUAAGAAUGGAGACUUUAUUCCUUCCCAACCAUGCGUUGGUGGAGGUCAACUGACAAUAGAAAAAUUUACUCAAAUAUUGAUAUAUAAACCAACUCAAGAUAUUUCGUUAAAUUCUGUGUGGGACUCAUUGGCAUUUAAAUUUAAUGAUGAUAAAUUUGAUCAAAUCAAAGACCAAACACCUCUACUUGCAAAAACCGAUAUCAAACUUAUUUUUCCAGUACUUAGAAUUACAUAUUUUGGAGAACCUUUGGCUGGUAUCAAGUUGCCUGCGGAUAAGCAACCUUCAAAUUCUAACGAUGAUGAAGUCAAAGAAAAUUUUCAAGAAUUUCUUUCAGGAAAGAUAUUAGUCGGAGGAUCUUUGGUCAUUAAAAACGGUUCAAUGUACAAUCCUUUAGAACUUGAUCGGUUGAAGGCACAUUUAUCAUGGUCCAUUAAUGAAGCAGAGUAUCUGAAUAAAGUAUACAAAUUUGAAACUGCUUCAGUUAUUGCAUAUGAAAGUAUUGUUUCGGCCGAUAAUAUCUCCCUCGAAUUUAAUAAUCGUUUGAUUCCAGGAGUCAUGAAACAUCACAAAGGAAUUACCUUCGACAAUUGGGUAUUGGAUAACAUAUACUUGAAUUUACCAUUCUGGAUCAAAAAAUAUCAAUUAAAUCAUGGUAUGGUGAUAACUCCUUAUGGACUUGCACCUGGAAAGAAGCCCGUUUUAGAAUUUUUAUCUGCGCCAUCCAUUAAAUCGUGCAAUCAAAGCAAUCAAACAAAAAUAAAAAUUUCACAUUCUAUUAUACAUAAAGAGUUAUUAUAUUCUAAACAUUAUAUUGACUACGCUAGCAAAAUAAUUAAUUUGGAAGAAAUUCCAUUUAUAUCACCUUUUAACACCACGUUCGCAAAUGUCACGCAGUGUAAUAUCUUUCAAGAAGAAGUUAUUAUUACCAUCUUUAACGAAAUCUUCCAGAAAAAUCAAAUAAUCAAACCAUCUCAACAAUUCGUUAAAGAAAUCAAUGAAGCUUUAAAGAACAUAAAUCCAUACAAAUCAUUGACCAAAGUCUUUUCAGAAUAUGGUCAUAUGGUUUGUACGGAGAUUACGAUGGGAGGAAGAUUAUGUACUACAAAUCAGUUUGUAACUCAAAAGGAAUUCUGUCAAAAAUGGACCGUGUCGAAAGAUUGUGUUAAAACUAUGUUGGUGAAUCUACUAGAAAAAUUCAACAUGGAUGUUCCAAACAAACUUAUUGCACAUGACCAUUCGGUUAAUCUAAAUGAAAUAGAAACUUGGUUAAAUGAUAUUUCCAAGAAGCAAAGUUUAUGGUCUUUAGCAAAUCAACCGGUACUAUUUCCAUUAUAUAAAAUUCUUGAUGAUAAAUACAAGAGACAAAUCGAAAAUAUAUUAGAAAAUAAACAAAAGAUUCUAAUGACAGGGGUUACGAAACUUAGUAGUCAUAAAACACGUUACUACAGAGUCAAUUUUGAUAAUCACCUUAUAGGAUCUGUUGUUACGAAUAACAAAAGAUUAGAUUUAAACGUAAAAUUCCAGAUGGCGGAUAUCUAUGGGUUCUCGAUAAUUAUGGAAGAAUAUAAAACUUUGAAUGAAGAAAUCGAAGGGGAUUUAGAAGUUUUUUGGCAACUAAUUGGCGAACCAAAGGCUGUUGGAUACUUCAGCAAUUGUACUAGAGAUACCAAAAUAUUUUGUGAAGAAUUAAAGGUUGAAAUUUCAAGUAGGAAAACUUCCUGUCGAAUUAAUGUAGAAGAGGAGUUAUCGCCAGGAUGUAUCAUCGCAACUUCUGUCCAAUAUCCACCCUCAAAUUAUGAGCCUAUAAUUCAAGUGUUCGUGAAAUCUUGGUCUGGUAAACAGAUUGACUUGGAUAUUAUCAAUCACUCUUUUGAUUCAUUGUUUAUAUUUGUAACUGUACAAUUAUAUGUGAUUAAUCCCAAUCAACAAGAAUCUGUUAUUGCAGAUUUUGGCUGCGAGCAAGUUAAACAAGUUUCAUGGAAGUUUAUGGGGCAUGAACUGAAGCCAGAUAAUACAACAAUUCCUAAAUUUAAUCCGAGAUGUGAUUUAACGCACGAAUUUGAAGAACGAUACCAAAUUGUAAGGAGUUGUAGCUAUGGUAAAAUCGCUAAUGUUUACAAAGCUUAUGAAGUUAAUAAACCAAAAGUUCAUUAUGUGAUAAAGGAAUACAAAUACAAAACAAGAGAUUCAUUUGACAGAGAAUUGCGAAUGUUAGAUGAAUUAAAAAAUACAGAAAAUAUUAUUCAAUUGAUAAAUAAUUAUCCAUCACAAGCAAUUAUGGUACUCGAGUGUGCUCUUUACGAUCUAGAAACAUUUUUAAGCCAUCAAGAUUAUAAUCAAAGACACGAGGAGAAAGAUGACAUAAUAAAGGAUAUAGUAACGGGUCUCUCGGAACUUCAACAAUAUGACAUCGUACAUACUAAGUUAACACCAAAAAGUAUAAUGCACUUUCAAGAAAAGAACGGUUAUACUGAAAGGUGGAAAUUGGCUAAUUUUGACACAGCGUGUUUUGCUGAUACCAAUUUUGCAAUGGACAUGUUCUCUUUUGGACUAACUUUAUACUUUAUUGAUACGGAGAAUGAAGAAGCAAAAAAUGAAAUUAUUUCAGAAGAUAACUUGUCGAUUAGUGAUUAUGUCGCUUGCCAAGUUAUAAGCAAAUUGCUCGUUAAAAGCAUUUCACAUAGAAUGACGUUGAAAGAAUUUAUGCAAUCGACAUACUACACAUGUGACUCAGGUAAGCAAUCAGAGCUUGAUAAGCGUAAUGUCAAAAAUUCAACUCAAUUGGUGAACAUAGGUAAAAGCGUUGAAUAUGACUACUCUCAGGUUGGUUAUGAGACUCGGAAUGAAGAGAUUCGAUAUCAAGAAAAAUUAACCCAGGAAUCAUUUCAAGCUUUCCUUAAAAAGUAUCAUGACGAAGUGAAAAAAAGGUUAAAAAUAAUGAACCAUAGUAAAAGUUCUGCGGAGGACUUAUCCAAAUUAACAGAGAAAAUUCCACAAUGGUUGGCCAAAUUAAUAAAUGAAAAGGUUCCUAAAGUGUUCAUUAUGAUCCCUGAUCGAAAAUAUUGGAAAAAUCCAACGACAUGGUUAAUUACAAGUCCAUUUCGCCUUGUUUUUGUCUGUGAAAAUAAGAAAAAAUGGCACAUUCCGGAACAAGAAGGUUAUAAAGUUCUUAAAGUUCCUCAGUUCAUUAAAAAAUAUGGACCUUGGAUAAAUCUUUGUUUACAAACAUUAGCCUGUGUUAUGACAAUAAAUGACUUUCCAUACGGUGUUGCUAAUGUUCUAAUGUCAGUCUUUAACAUAUCUGACAAUUCCGACUUGAUGAAACAUUUUCAAGAAAUUAUUGAUACUGUGAAUAUUGGUAUAGAAACUAUCGUUGAUGAAAAUCCAGAUUUUAUUCCUUUGAAUAAAAGUGUUGAUAUUCCUCAUCAAAUGAUAAAUAAUUCAGGUCUCCGGGAACUCGAAGUGCAGAUCAUUUUUGGCGGAUUGAAACAAAGUGUUGAUGAAGAAACUCAAGAGAUUUUAUGGCUAUGUGAGAAGCAUAUAAAUGAUAUUAGAUCUAAUGAAAAAACUGAACCAUCAUUCCGAAAUUGUGAUUAUGUGAAAAUUUUAACAGAUCCAUUAGUUCCAUUUUUUGAAUUGGAACAUUUAUAUAAAAUACUUUGCGAAGUAAUAAAUAACGCAGUUGCAUCUGGAGGAAUACUUGUUAUAAAUGAUGAGAUUAAGAAAAUUGCACGAAAAUUAUAUGAACAUAAGAAUAGGUUUAGAUAUUUAUGUUUAAAUUGGUGUGAUAUUACUCAGAAAGCUCAGUUUAUUGGUAUUGUAAAAAAUCAAGUACAUGCAUAUAUUCAUUAUUUAAGUUGCAUUGUCGAUGAUUUUAAUUCAGUUACAAAGGAAAAUUCAUCUUUGUUCAGCGAGAAACUUGAGCUCAUCUUGAUGGCUGGAAAAUCAUUCAAUAAUCAUUUAGGCAAAUUAAUAGUUGCUUUGGAUGAAAAUAUCGCGAUUCAAACUGAACUAGAUAAUUUCAACAAUGAACCAGAACUUAACAUAAAUAUUGAUAAUUCAACCAUAAUUCGUAAUCAAGAUUUAUCUCGAUGGUAUCUUCGAGCAUAUAUCGAAACAUUAGAAUCUUCAUUAACAGAAACCGAAGAAAUAUUUGAUUCAACAAAACGACUUUUAGAUAAUAGUACAAUUGCUAGUGGAAAAUCGUUAAAGUAUCGAUAUCUCGAAAAUUCUUCGUAUGUUGAGAAAGAGAUUUACUUUUAUAACGAAUAUCAAUUAAAUGAUCAUGAUUAUAUCAUUAAAUUUUAUGGGUAUUCAAUUCAAAAUUGUAAACCCAUAUUAUUUUAUGAAUAUGCGAAUUAUGGUGAUCUUUUCACAUAUUUCCAAAUAAAUGAUUUUUCUUUAGGGAAUCUUGCUAAGGAUUUGAAAAGAAAAAUUAAACUAGCAUGGGAGAUAUCGCAAGGUGUUAAAUAUUUACAUAAUAAAGGGAUUUUACAUUUAGAUCUUAGAAGUGCAAAUAUAUUACUGCAGUACGACGAGACAGAAAACUUUCUUAUGCCAAGGAUAUCUAAUUUUCUUUGGAGUAAAAGCUUACGUGCUACUAAAACUUCGACGUAUCCAAAAAGAAAAAUUCCACAUAAUGAAAUGAUUUGGAAACGUUGGCAUGAUCCAGGGAGACUAAGCAUAGAAAACUUUGAACCACUUCCGCCAUCUGACAUAUAUAGUUUAGGAUUGUUAUUUUGGGAAAUUUUUUGGUGUAAAGCAGAAAAUCUGCCAUUUAAAGACAUUCCAAUUAAGGAACUUUCCAACCAUUUACUAAAUCAUAAAGAAAAAUUGCCUGAAAUGCCUGAACAGUUGGAGCUUUUAGUAGACAGAAUGUGGCAAUUCAGACCAGAAGAUCGUCAUGAUAUUACGACCAUUGAAACAGCUUUAAGCGAUUUAUUUAAAGAUAUACAAUUUAUUGAAGAAUCUAUUAAACAAAAAGUUAUUGAAUCUCCUUCGCAUAAUCUUUUUGCUCGCUCUGCAAGUUUACUUAAAACUAAAUGA